AUGGUACGACAAUUGUCAUCAAUUGGCUUUAUUUUGAUAAGAAUAUUUCUUGUGCUUUUUAAUAAAGCCGAAUGUAAAUCAAGUGGUGGUCAUUAUUCGUCACAACGUACACGUAAUUCUGGACCUUCUGGUGGAUAUGGUUUUUCUAGUGGUAAUCAACUACAAAAUUCAAUGCAUUGGAGUAAUUCAUGGUUUCCAUCAGAUUUAGAUCCAUUGUAUGAUUAUCAUUGUCAACUAAUAUUUACUAGUUUGACAAUGCCAAAUAAAGAUAGUUCUGUUCCUUCAUCUCCUCCGAGUCAACAAUAUUCUCAAUCUAUGUCAAAUUAUUAUUAUCAUCCAUAUUAUCACUUAGCUUUCAACGAUUCCGAUUCAAUACCUGAUGAACAACGUUUAAUGGCUCAAUUAUUAAGAAAUUAUGAUCCAUCUGCACGACCUGUAUAUAAUGCAUCGGAUACCGUCAGUGUUGCUUUUGGUAUUGCUUUGACUCAACUAAGUGAUAUGGAAUGGUUUGAUCAACGUUUAGUAUGGAAUGCAUCGGAUUUUAAUGGUUUAACAACUCUUCGAUUACCAUGUUCAAAAAUUUGGUUACCUGAUAUUGUUUUAUAUAAUUCAGCUGAUGAUUAUACACAAGGUUAUUAUCAAAGUAAAGCUAUGGUCGAUAGUAAUGGACAUGUUUUUUGGCCACCACCAGCUAAAUUUCGAUCAUCAUGCAAAAUUGAUGUCACUUUUUUUCCAUUUGAUGAUCAAUUAUGUAAAUUAAAGUUUGGUUCAUGGAUAUAUGAUGCAGCUCAAGUCAAUUUAACCAAACGGCGUGAUAAUGUUGAUAUGACGAAUUAUAUUCGUUCGGGUGAAUGGCAUAUUCUUAAUAUUGCUAUUAAACGCCAUGAUGUUACUUAUCCAUGUUGUCCAGGAAUUUAUUAUCCUGAUGUAACUAUAUAUGUUCAUAUUCGACGUCGUGUUCUAUAUUAUUUAUUUAAUAUUAUAUUUCCUUGUAUAUGGCUUUCAAUUCUUUCACUUCUUGGUUUUUGUCUUCCACCGGAUUCGGGAGAGAAGAUAACACUUGGUAUAACUGUUCUUUUAGCUUUUUCUGUAUUUAUGUUAUUAAUUGCUGAAUCAAUGCCAGCAACAAGUGAAAUGGUACCACUUAUUGAAAUAUAUUUAACAAUUGUUAUGGCACUUACAUCAUUAUCAAUUGUUCUUACUGUUUAUGUCCUUCAAUUACAUCAUUCAGGUCCUGUUGUUAUUCCAGUUCCACGUUCAUUUAAAUAUUCAUUAGUUAGACGUAUAGCACCUAUUAUUGGAAUGCAAAAAAUUGUUGAACUUUAUGCACGUGAACAUAAUUUAACUGAAAAAGAUAAUGUUUAUCGAUGUUUUGCUCAAGUAUCAACACAACCAACAGAUAGUCCACUAAUCAAGCAUAAAAGAAAAAGAAUAAAUUAUGAAAAAAAGAAAACUAAACAUCAACAAGAGAUAAAUCAUCAAAAAGAAUCUCAACAUGAUGACGAAGAAUAUAAUCAUAAUGAUGAUUGUUACAAUGACGAAGAAGAAACAACGAAAGGAUUUUUAACGAGUUUAUCAACAGGAAAUGGUGACAUUCGUUCAUCAUCAUUAUCUACUAAACGUCAUCAUCACCAUCAUCAUCAUCAUCAUCAUUGUCGUUCUCGACGUGUUGUACCUCCAAUAGUUCUUAUUCCUCAACAAUCUCAUCAAUCAUCAACAUUGGCGUCAUCAUCAGGUUUGACUAAUUCUCGUUCACAUUAUAAUUUAUUUAAUUCGAAUAUGUAUUUACUUGAAAAACAUUUAAAAUAUAUAAUUAAUAAACAAAAACUUGAAGAAGAUCGAAAUGAAACAAUUAAUGAAUGGAAAUUAAUGGCACUUAUUAUGGAUCGAUUAUUAUUUUGGCUUUUUACAAUGUUUACUAUAUUAAGUACAGUUUUGUGUUUAAUUAUUAUACCAUUUUUGAAAAAUUCCGGAUAUAUACCAGUACUAUCAACAGAUUUAGUAACAGAAUACAAAACCACAACAACAGUGACAAAUAUUGUUGAUGAACAAUUAAGGAUAAAUCUUUCCGGUCUAUCGACAGGAGAUACAUAA